CGCGGCAAACGCUGUUGAUGUGUACCGUCUGUAUUGCAACCGAUUCUGGUCCAAAAUAACUCAAAAUACACUACACAGUGGUGAAAAGCAGUGAGGACUGAGUUCCCGCAACGUAUCGCGCCAAAUGGCAGGUAAAGUAAUCGACGCAAAGACGUGGACACAAUUGGAGCUGAGAGGACUCCUCGAGGACGAGGAUUCACACGUAUAUUUCGAACGAUGUAAUAGACACGUGGGACUGCAUCCGUUUUAUCUUGGUAAUUUGAACGCUGCGCUGAAGGAAAUUUUAGGCUCUACGUUAAACUCCUACGAUGCAAAGUUAAAAGGAAUUAUUCUCUCUUAUAAGAAUCCAAAAAUAUUAAACAAAGUGGGACCAAUCCUGUACGACACAUGCUUUAUUCACGUUGAUAUCGAAGCUGACUUCUACAUCUUCAGACCCAACAUUGGAGAUGAAUUAAAAGGCAUUGUCAACAAAAAGAGCCAGGAUCAUGUCGGUAUAUUGUUGAAUAAAGUGUUCAACGUGUCUAUACCAAGGCCAGACGAAGAUGACAAUUGGCCAGGUUUUUAUGUCCAGCUGGGACAAGAAGUUAGAUUUACCAUAACGUAUUUGGACCUCAAAGGCAGGUUGCCAUAUAUUAGAGGUUCUAUGGAUGCUGAGAAUUAUUUGCGGAAUUGUAAGCCAUUAGACGAUAUCUUCGAGGCUGCAGAUGAAGAGAAUGAACCUGUCACCCAGGGGAAUAUCAUGAAAUUUUCAUACAGCGACGAAGAGGGUCAAGAAGAUUCUAACGAAAUUGUCGUAGAUCGUAAAAGUAGAGCAAACAAAGUUAUUCACACGAGGGAUGACAGUGAUGUUAACGAAAAAUUAUUGCCUCGAAAGUUAAAAAAGUUGGAAAAUGAUGACAGCGAAGAUGAAAUUCAUGUGAAGAAGGUAGAGAAACACAAGGCUAAAACUAAUAUUUCAUUCUCAGAAAUUAAGCUUGAUUUGUACGGGGAGGAUCCGAUGAAUCAGGACGGAGAUAUCGACGAUGAAUUGUAUCCAAAAUCCAAAAUAUCGAAGAAAGAAACUAACAGAGAUGAAAUUCCUACUAAAAAGAAAAAGAGAAAUAAAAUUAAGAUUGAAGAAUCGUCUACAGAACUGGAGGAAAGCGUAAGGCAUAUCUUACAAACCAGUGAUAUGGCUGAAGAAUAUUUGCCUCCAAAAUCAAAGAAAUUAAAAAGAGAACAUAUCGAUGAUAAAACUCAUGUAAAAAAAAGUAUGAAAACUAAAGCCGAAGUUGAAGUAACAUACUGCGAUAUUGAUUCGGCUGUGUAUGAGCGAAACACUAGUCAGGUGAAAAGUGAAUCAGGGGACGAGCGUAGUACGAAAAUGCAUAAAAUAAAAGCUGAAAUUUUAUCAUCUGAAGCAGAGUCUGAUGUAAGUAAAACAAAGCAAAGUAGAUCGAUAAAAUCUGAAUUACCAAAUGAAAGAAGUAGAAAAAAACAUAAAGUGAAACUUGAAGUUUUUGCAUUAGAAAAUGAAUCCGAUAUAAGCACGCCGAACGGAAAUAUAAGAAUAGAGAAUAAUUUUGGUGAGAACAAGAGUAAAAAAAAACACAAAAUAAAAACGGAAGCAAUCUUGUUGGAAACUUGAACCUAUAGCUUAAGGGGGUGCCCUGACCGAUUUCGACGUUCUCUUAUAUAUCUCCAAAUAUCGGAGUCCACGUAUCUCAAAAACAAAAAAGAGCUCUACAGCCCUAUCCUAUACAUAAUUCUGAACAAAAACACUCCAACACAUUUUAAUUUGACGCAGA